AAAAUGAUCGGUGCAAACGGCCAUUAGCAAAAAAAUCUAGCGGAAUUAUAAUCCAAUAUUGCUCUGGAACAACUUAACGAAAACGCCUAACUGUCAUUUGACUGUUCGGACCAAUGGUUCGGACAGGAAUUCUAACCUCAAAAUUUGUUUGUCUUCAACUUUCAAGAAAAUUACAUUUUUCUAGUGAAAGCUUUUGUGAUGUUAAUUUAAAUAUUUGUUGAGCUAAAUAAAAGACUAUUUAUUAUUCAUAAACAGCAGCGUCAGCAGGCCAGCCAGAUUUUUAUGUGAAAAGUAUUUUUGUGUGUCCUACUACUCCUACUGAACUGUGAUGAUUAUCAACAUUCUUUUAAUUUUCUAUUGUAACACAAGGAAUAUUAUUUGCUUGGAAAUUGGUACUUACAUUCGAAUUAAUUCAUCAAUACUUUUCAGAUCCUAAACAUAAUGUUCACCACACUACUUCGAAACGCAUCAAAUAUCUCCAAAACCUACAUCAAAAGAAACCUAUCCAGUGCAGUAGCUGCAAACAACAAGCAGCUAGACCCUCAGCAUGAAGCCAUGCUGAAAGACCAAUGCUUUCUUGUAGACGAAAGCGACAACAUCAUAGGCCAGGCUAGCAAAAAGGACUGCCAUCUGGUGCAAGAAGAUGGACAUAUUCCUUUGCACAGAGCCUUCAGCAUGUUUUUGUUUAAUAACCACGGAGAUUUGUUGUUGCAGAAGAGAUCUUCUGAAAAGCUGACAUAUCCAGAUUGUUACACCAACACAUGUUGCAGCCACCCUCUAGCAAACUUCCCAGGCGAAGACGAAGGCGAUGUAGGAAUCAAAAAAGCAGCCCAAAGACGUCUAAACCACGAACUAGGCAUAGCUAUCGAAACAAUACCAAUAGAAAAAAUGCACUACAUCACACGAGUCCACUACAAAGACCAAGGCAACGGCAAAUACGGAGAACACGAAAUCGAUUACAUUUUGUUCAUGCAGCAAGACGUCAAACUGAAACCAAACCCUCAAGAAGUAUCGGAGAUUAGUUUUGUGCCUAGAAAGGAGUUUGACGAUUUCGUUCCUACUUUAACCGGACAAUGGACUCCUUGGUUUGCGUUGAUUUUGAAACACAGACUCAAGUUUUGGUGGGACAAUUUAGAUAAAUUGCAAGAGAUAACUGAUCAUAAAAAGAUUUUGAAAUUUAAAAAUGAAUAGAUGUUAAUUAUUAUUAUUUGUAUGUGUGUGAUAUUAAUAAAACUAGUUGCUAUCUGACAAGGUAUGGAAGUAUAAACAUUUAAGAAAUUAAAUAAAAAACAAUAAUUAAAUUUCGUUUUUAUUUGUACAUAAAAAGAAAUCGAGAACGCGGUAUUAAUAAAUAAACGAAAAUUAACUUAUAAUAGGUCUGUUCCAACAUGUCAAAAAACCGUCCCACGAACGGUUUCGAAGCCACUCAGUAGACGAAUAUCGGGUUUUACGCACAAAUUUAUAGUUCUGCGCAGAAUCGUGACAGUACAUUGUACGGUUUCCUGGUGUGUUGGAACUAAGCUUAUAUAAACUAAACUUAAUAUUCAAAUCAUAAGUUUUUUCUUAAGUUUCAUAUCACUUUUUUUUUGCAUUUAAAAACUAUUCAGUUUGGCAUGUAAGACAUUAUAGGAGUUAAAAAAAAAUGCCCUUAUAACACUUAAAAAAAUAAAAGAAAAUUAAUAAUUCUUUACAAAACAAAUUUUUAAAAACUAGCUGUACAAAAGAUUGACCUUACUCUAUUAUCCAGACAACAUCUUCAGAAGAAUCCUCUUCAGGAACAUUUUUUUGUGCAUUGAUCUUUAGAAGCGAUUUAUUAUUAUUAGAGGCGCUUAUUGGAUACAAGCUAGGUACCGAACGUUGUUGUAUUGGUGUGGAAACCUACAAAAUAUAAAAAUUUGUUUCUAUUAAAGUUAAAAUAUUUUAUUUUCUUACUGGUUUCAGCAGACUGGUACCAGGAACAUUGAAAUUCACCCCACUGGUACUAUGAACACUGAAAUUCACCCCACUGGUACUAGGAACAUUGAAAUUCACUCCACUGGUACUAGGAAUAUUGAAAUUUACUCCACUGGUAUUAGGAAAAUUGAAAUUCGCUCCACUGGUACUAGGCACGGCAUCAUCAUCGGGAAUUUCAAUAACCCUAGUUGCAUUAAUUGAACCCAGUCCCUUUGGUCUUAUCCGUAUAGUUUCGUGUAGAAUUUUGGUUUCCAAGUUUCGUUCCGUUAUCGGCAAGUCUUUAAUAAGGGAGUAAACUUUCUUCAAGUUGGUUCUUGCCUUGUUUUCCAACGUUUCGAUUGUUGCCUUUCUUAGGAGCAGUUGCUGUUGUUGCUUUUGAAUUUCGUUUUUGGUUUUAUCAAAUAUGACAUUCACGCUGACUCCCCUUUUAUAGUUGAUGCAAUUCAAUUUUGCUAAAUCGUUCACUUUCGCUUGCAUAUAGUCAUGGGCUUUGUGGGUGAACAAUUGUAGUAUGUCUUUUUUGGGCAUAUUAAGUUCCUUUUGGCAAAAUUCUUCUGUGAUUUCGUCUAUGCUUCGAGUACCGAAAGAACCACAAAUCUAAAAAAAGAAUAAUUAGUAAGAGUUUCAGCUUUUAUGAAUGGUUCACUAUAAUACUUACACAAUUUCCUUUUAAGUAUUUAGCUUGGAUUGGCUGAUUUUCGUUUCUAUCUAAAUUUAGUAGGACGAUAACUUGAAUGUCGAAUGUUACUGGUAUGGGUUGGAGCACAUUCUUAAAUCUCCUAAAACAAUAAAAAAUAGUAUUAGUAAACGGUAAAACCUAUGAAACUAUUUUUGAGUUUUACAAUACAUUUUCAAUAAUAUAACACAGUUUGAGUUCAGUUUAAGAUGGCACAUUUAUAGUAGUCACUUAGUACUUUAUAGGCCUCAAACAAGUCUCCACAUAGUCUACGUUGUUUAGGUAGGAAGAUUUUAGACUGGCAUCGUAAGGUAGGUUGAACAGCUCUGAUGGAAUCUCUCUAAAACAUCUAUGACUUUUACGUAAUGAGACUUCCAUCUAUAUUGUGCAUAUUCCAAAUUUGGGUCUGACAUAUAAGCCUUGUGGAGUUUGAAUAUCAUUUCUUUAGAUUGAUUUUUGAACGCCUUCUGAAUAAAAAAGAUAAGAGUGUUGGCCUGUUUAGUCAUGCUGUUGAUAUGGGUCCUUAGUGAGGAUAAUACCAAAGUCUUUGUGCUGUUCCACCUCUGCAAUAGGUCUUCGUCCAAAAAAAAAAAAAGGUAAAUUGAAGGUUCUUUAUACCAAGGUGAAGAAUGAAACAUUUUUUGUUAUUGAGAUGUAAUUUCCAGUUGAUACUCCAUUUCUCUUUCAGCUCCAAUGAAAUUUGUCCCAUUGUCUGAAUAAUCUCUAGUGGUUUUCCUCGUCUUGCGAUGAAUUUUCUUAAUGCCAACUGUACAAUCUGUGCUUUAUGAAACUGCUACUUUGAACAUGAGAAUAAAGCUCCAUAUCUUUUUUCUGUGUUUAUUUGUAAUGGACCAAAAUAAUCUAAUCCACAAUAACUGCCUGCAAUAACUUUGUAAACGGCCCAUUCUGGUAAUGGUGCCAUUUCUGGCUGUGAAACUUUAGGUUUUUUCACCUUUUAGAAUUGACACACGGAUAACAUUUUCAACACUCUGUCUACCACAUAUUAUCCAGAAUUUUUGUCUUAAAUUAUUGGGAACUGUCUCUUGGUUUAUGUGCUUAAUCAUGGUAGUACUGUAUAAGCAACUGAACAUAUCUUGCAUCUUUAGGUGGGAAAUUUGGAAUCAAAUUCUAUAUCUGCAUACAAAAAAGCUAUGUAAAAAUGAAAUUACUGUAUUCAAAUAGAUUUAUUUUGAACUUUAAAACCAGAAAAAAAUUGUGUGAAUCCCUUAUCAUGUCUGUGUAUAGCUAUAGUUAUAUCUUGUGUAUUAUGCAUUUUUAGAUGUAGGUACUAAAAAUAGAAUAAAGUAUGUCCAAAAUACAUGUUGUAGAUUCAUUUUUAAUUUGAGAAAAUUUGACUUUAUAUCAAGUAAUAUUAGACAAAUUAUAUGUAUAAAUUGUUUACUAUUAUAUAUUUAUUAGAAAAGUGCUAGAUACUGG